AGCAAGAAUAAAUAUUUGAUAGUUUGUUAGUUUAUGGGAUAUAAUGUGGAGGAUACCCCGUGCUUAGAUCAGAACGUGACAUGUACUUUCAGUUUAGUUAACGGAGGCAUCUUGACAAGUGUGGGGAUCAUUGGUACUUUUCUUAGCGCUUUUACAAUUUACGCUCUUAUUCGUCAUGUCAAGCUGCCCUACUGCCAGAAUUUGUUCAUCCUGAACGUGGCAGUCAGUGAUGUUUUGAUCGCUAUGCUUGGAAUUAUCCGAGGUCUUGGGAUUUUAUCUCCCCGAUUUAUUGGAUAUGACGUGGAAACUGGGACACAGAAUCAGUGGUGCUCCGCUUAUACUUUCAUUGGAAACACUCUUUGGAUGUCAGCAAUACCAGUACUGAUACCUCUAACAGUAGAUAGAUUUGUGGCUCUAGUAUUUCCUAUGAGAUAUAAAUCGUUCAUGACAAAGACAAAUUGUAAGAUUAUGGUCGCGUUGACAUGGACAGUCCUAAUUCCUAUCGUCAUUAUCGACAUCGUAACUCUCUCCAAUAAAUCUAACGAGCUGCUAUAUCAAACGACAUACCACAGAUGUGUAUUCGAAAAUGAUUUAUCUUGGAAAAAGUCCGUAUACGUUUUAUUUCCAUUCAUAGUAAUAAUCAUUAUGUACAUAACGAUGGUGUUCUUUGUCAACAAAGCGAAGUUGGAGACAAAAAAACUGCUUAUCAUUUCAACUGCGAUAAUAAUAACUGGACUGAUAACUAACAUACCAGAUCAGUUACUCAUUAAUUUCAAGGUGACUAUGAGCUACGAAGUUUCGCAAGUACUUGCUUUAACAUUUUGGUACACUAACUCCAUCUGGAAUCCUAUCAUAUAUUUCUGUAGCAACAAACGAACUCAACAAAAUUUAGCAGCGACACCAGUGGGUAAGAAGAUCUCAGUAGCCUCAGGAAACAUAGCACGAAGAAUAAGCUCUGUUACAGACUCCAAAAUGUUUGACAGUUCAUUAUUUUCCAAUGAGAUAGCAAUUGGGACAAUUCAAGAAACAGAUGAACGUGUAAGUGAAGCGAACUUUUGAUUCCUUGCCAACUUUUCUUCAGAAUUAUUACCCCAAGAGAGAUCCGCAAACCUUGCCUUUCGCUCGUUUUUAAAUAUAACUUUAUGAGAGAAAUAAGCUGAUUUUUCAAACUUUACUAUCUAGGAAUGUUUUUACAUAUGAAAGUGCAUGAUUUUGGUAACUUCAUACAAAUAUUUGUUCAUAAAAUCUGAACUGUUUAAAAAGUCCAUAAUCUUGGUAUUUCAACACUAAGUCUCGCUUGAAUGACUUGAAUGACUUGAAUGUACAUCUUUGUUGGGUAAUUUUAAUGUCGAAGCGUGUAAUAAAUGUUAGAAUUUAUUUAUUUAUUUAUUAUACAUUUUUAUCACAUCCAGACCUGUUAGAAUUUCUACCUGUAAAUUUAACAUACAUUAUGGAUAACAGCUAAUCUAUUAAGAUUAUUGCACGACUUGCCAGUUGCUUUUAUCUGUAUUAAGUUGACCGAUUU